AUGGAUGCUCGCAAGAGAGGACGUCCUGAAGCUGCUUCACACGACUCUAAUGGCGGAUUCAAGCGGUCUAAGCAAGAGAUGGAAUCAAUUUCAACUGGUUUAGGAAGCAAAUCGAAGCCAUGCACAAAAUUUUACAGCACUUCUGGAUGUCCGUUUGGUGAUAACUGCCACUUCUUGCACUAUGUACCUGGUGGGUACAAUGCUGUAGCGCAGAUGACAAAUCUCAGACCACCAAUUGCUCAAGUUUCCAGAAAUAUGCAAGAUUCUGGUGGUGCGGGUAGAUUCUCACGAAGAAGAGAUUCAGGACCAGGCCCUGUUUCAAGCUUUGGUGCUUCGGCAACUACCAAGAUCAGUGUGGAUGCUUCUUUAGCUGGUGCCAUCAUUGGGAAAGGUGGAGUCCAUUCCAAACAGAUAUGCCGUCAAACAGGGGUGAAGUUAUCGAUUCUAGAGCACGAAACAGACCCAAACUUGAAGAAUAUCGAGCUAGAAGGAACACUUGAACAGAUCAGUGCAGCGAGUGGGAUGGUGAGAGAGCUUAUAGGGAGGCUUGGAUCAGCUGCUGCUGCUGCAAGAAGACCUCAAGGAGUUGGUGGUUUUGAAGGGAAACCAUAUCCAGGGAACAACUUCAAGACGAAGCUCUGUGAUAAAUUCGCUGUUGGGAGUUGUACGUACGGAGAGAGAUGCCAUUUUGCGCAUGGUGAAGCCGAGCUGCGUAACUCAGGAAUCGCUUAG